UGGGCUUUUUAUUUUGGAUAAACGAAAAUGGUGCCCCAGCAAGUGUCGGAUGUGAGGUCUUUGACGCCAACAUCCAGUGGAUUGCCCGUGUUCGGGUCUCAGCUUAUCGAUAAAAAUUCGUCUACCCCAUACACAGAUGCCACACAGACGAAGAAGAAUAACCCCAACCACAUCAAGAGACCGAUGAACGCGUUCAUGGUCUGGUCGCAGAUAGAACGCAGAAAAAUAUGCGAACAAACACCGGACAUGCACAACGCCGAGAUAUCAAAAAAUCUCGGCCGCGUUUGGAAGACUCUGAACGACGAAGAACGCCAGCCCUUCAUCGAUGAAGCCGAACGCUUGAGGCAGCUUCACAUGAGGGAAUACCCUGAUUACAAGUACAGGCCUCGCAAGAAGACCGCCAAGACUGACAGAAGCGGUACGCGAACCGGUUCAGUGCAGAAACCGAAACGGAAGCAAAGAGCCGAUUCCAAUAACAACAGAGGACUGUCCAGGCGACGACGACCCGUGCCGACUGUCCCGAGCGUCCCCGUGGAAACGCCGGCCCCUCCCCCGCUGCCCGCCUCUCCUGCCGGUGCACCUGAUUCCCCGGAAUCCGCCUGUCUGUAUGAUGAUCACAACAGGCGCGAUCAGGCGGAUCUGACGGAUCUCUAUUCGAUCACAGAUCUCCUCCCUCUCCCGGCGGACUGCGAGGUUGACUUAGAUGCGCUGACGACGGACAUCGACUCGUUCGAGACCGCCUCCUCCUCGUCUGGAUCCCACUUUGAGUUCUCGUGCACGCCUGACGUCUCGGACAUGCUCAGCGAGAUCGGCGUGGCGGGCGACUGGGUGGACCACACGUUCUCCUCGUAUCUGACGUCAUCUUAGAGCGGCGUCCGGGCCGCCUCGGCCGCUGCCGGCCGGUUCCACUGAUCUCAUGCGGUCGGCCAACGCGCCGCCAUACGGAGGCCGAUGACGCGGCGACCGCUCGCCGCCCCGCCUAGAGAGUGCCUAUCCAAAAUGACGUGUCGACAUUUGGAUUCAAUGUACAAAGUUAUUUAAUAAGGAUCGAGGGUGAAAAUUGUUUUGGAAACAAACGACCGCUCCGGUCGCAUUCUUCUUGUUUUCAAUGUUCAGUUGAAUCAGACGACGCCGUUCGGGAGUUCAAUGUUCAAGGCUGUGUUCAAGAUGCUUUUGUUAUUCAUUAAUUUCAACAAAUAGUUGAGAUGAUCUGUGAGAGGGCACGUCUCGGUACACAAUCCGUCUACUAUCCGUCGCCUGUAGUUGGUCGGGAGAGGGCUCUCGGCAUCAGCAUAGCAUCGCAUCGCAUCGCAUCGUCGCUUCCGUACUUUUUACGUGUACAUUACACUUGGCUUCUAACGCGUUCAGUUACAGCAAUGUUCUACGUCACAGACACACUUUCCUUUUUUAUAUUAACAUUUGUACGAUUAGGAUGAGCGAUUAAAAUUUAAGUUCUCGUUUGAUAUAUAACCGUCUUAGAUGAAUGUAUCGUUCGUGGAAUAGAAAAUAAUUAAGACUAGAUUAUAGUCAAGUUCGCCUUGCGUUCUUUUCACUGUACGUAUAUAUUUACACUUUAUAUUUUGAUGCACAUGUAGUUUUAUGGUAAGACAUUAUAAUUUUUAAUAUCGGAAGCUGAUCGUCAUGUCAUUGUAAGAAUUUCGGGGUGCGGAGAUUGAGUUGGCACAGGCGGGACCCCUACCAAAAUGCUUCGAUCGGACCACUAAUUCUUUCUGUUCCAUUUGGCUAUUGUCUUCAAGAUUACUAUAGAGAAUUACGGUUGAUUCGUUUCCCUGUUGAGUUCUCUUGGCUCUUGGUAGGGGUCUGGCCGCCCGUGUUUUUUGUAAAUGUGCAAGUUGGUAUUGUAAUGUUAGGUAUCGAGUAAGUAAUAGUAAUCUUUGUUCAAUAGUAAGGUAUGUUGUAUUAUGUAAAGAGAUGGCACUUGUGAUUGCAAGAGGGACACUUUAAACCUUUCAUUUCUUUCCUUCUUCACGCUGAACAAUUCGAAAUAACGUAAACAGAAAUACAUAUCAAUAGGAAUGCUAUUCGCGGGACGGUGGGGGAAUGUGGUCAAGAACAAGAAAAUUAAAGAAAAAAAAAACAAAUUUUGCUGUUUUCGAGAAAAAAAAUAUCUGUGAUUUUAAUUUUUAAAAGGAUUUUCUAAAUUAAGAUUCUAGUGGAGACUGAUACGCAUAGAUUAGUUUUAGCAGCGCUAGCUUCUCUGACGUUUUAAUAUUGUUUUUUGAAAUGUACAUACAUAACGGGUCAUUCAACCUAUUUUAUAUAGCAUCGAUGUAUAUAAUGUAUAUUUUUGUAUACCGUCACUGUGGCAAGCUCUGUUGUGACAGCCUAUACCGUCUGUCGACUCGUCCGGGCAAUGUUUGGUUCGAGAAAAAACAAAAAUGGUUUUAUUUGCGGGGCAAGUAUUCCUAGGUUACAGUGUGUUUUAAGGCAUCGCGUAUAAAACAAACUCAGUAAUGUAAAACUCGGAAGGUUCUUUAUAAUUUUGAAUCAGUACGUUAAUUAUUAAAGUGGGUGUCUGAUCGUGUGGUGAUGCUUAAAAAUGGUUGCACUGUUGGCUUUGUAUGAUCGAAACAGAUCAAGCAGUAGACAAUAACUUGUUGAUCCUGGCACACACGUCCGCCGAUACUCGGAAUAAAACAUAGUGUAGGCUAGGAUUCCUUACAUCGUUUUUAAUAAUGAACCAGAGAUUUUUAAUUUAGUGAAAACCUUACGUCAAAUGCGACAGCUGACGGUUCAUUAGCCACAGCUUGACACGGAUAACGACACCCUCAAUAGUUCAGGCAGUCAAGAACACGGUAUUGUCAAAUUUAAUUGCUUCGUGUCCGGUAUCUGUCAAAAAUAUUACAUAUAUAUUUUUUUAAAGAUUUCCGUUGUGAAUUCGCGUGAUCGCGGUGACGAGAUCAAAUCGUACUGCGUAAAGAUAUGCACCUUUCGUCAAUUGAUUGAAACCCACGUCAGUUACUUAGUUAUAGAGUUGAUAUAAACACGCCGAUUUGAAACUAAAUAAAAAAACACUAAUGUGAAAUAUUCGAACUGUCCCUAAAUUAAUUUAAAAAAAAAAAACGGAGUAUUCGCUCUGUUUGUUAGGAAAGAAAAAAAUGCUUUACCUAUAAUUAUAUUCUUGUAAAUUGUAUACUUAUGUAAAAAAAAAAAACGUUCAUGUAAAAAUAAUUUUAGUAAUGUUAAAAAAUCGCUGAGACAUGCUACAUUGUAUUAUUCGCGUGUGCUGUUCUAUAUA